UUUUGAUAAGACAGAAGAUGGUAAUUUGUCUUUCAUUUAUACUUUUACUUGCUUCUGUCUAGUAACGAAUUGUAAUUUGGUUUUCAUUUCGAUUUAAAAUGUGUUCUUUUCAUCUUUGCGUUAGCAAUAAUCGCAACAAUUUUCAUUUUUUGUACCAAGUAAUUGUUUGCUGGUUGAACUGUUACUGGUAGUUACGGAAACUUUGAAAUUGUCAUCUUGUAAGCCAUUCAGCUUAAUUACAUUUGCCAAAUUGUUUAUAAUGUUUCCUGAGAACAAUUAUUUAAUGUUUGAUGUACUGUACAUGAUGUACAUAUGCAUAACAUUGUUGGUAUGCAAAAUAUGUAUAACAUCUUUUGUAUUGUACAUAUGAAGAAAUGUACUUUGUGCUAUGUAUGUGUUUGUAAGUAAAUGAUGUGUUCUGAAAAUUUUGUUUAAUUUUAAAAUUUUAGUUGUGAAUAUACCUUGCACAUCAUUGCUAACACAUUUUCCCCACUGAGUUUUGCUUGAUCUUGUCCAUCAUCAAUGCCCAGAUUUAGUUAAUAAGUACCGUAACUAGUUUUAAUUUCUCAGUUAUUCUAUUCUUUACCUUAUAUCUUUGCUUUUUUUUGCCAUUAGUUAGUUUUGACACAGAAACUUUUCAUACACCUGAUGUCCCAGCCCAACAAUGCAUCUGUUGUUUACAAUCCUUGCACUCCAAACUUCCCUGGGGAAAAGAGGCAUAUUCUGGAUCUGCAUGAUGUUAGUGCUCUGCUCUCCUCACAUCAGAAGGUUAUCCACCAAUAUUUGUUAAGUUUUAAUGUCUAAGGACGAAAGCAAUCCUGGAGAUGGCACAGAGCCACCAACAGAAACCCCCUUGACGCGCAGUGUUAGACCGACACAGACCCGCCCUCACCAAUCCCUGAGCAGAGUGCAGUUCAUCCAGCCUCCACCGCCACAGCGGCCGUCUCACACGACCAGCGCGCGGCACGUCACGCCACGAAGGGCCUCCUCCGGCGCGCCCGAGAAGAGGAUGCGCGUGGACGUGGGCACCCCGUUCAUGGAGAGGAACCUGAUGACGGUGGAGCGGGCCAUGGCGGACUUCCUGCUGACGCACGACGACCUGGACGGGCUCAAGCGGACGCCGAGGAGGUCCCCCUACCCCAACUCGCCAGAGUUGCUGGUGCUGUCCCGGAAGGACGUGGUGCAGAGGGCGAACCUCAGGUGGGGAUCCCCGGAGAAACUGGUCGAGGAGCUGCAGCGCCGGAUCCGACACGCGUCGCGGACGGCCUCGUCGCUGGGUGAGUGGUGGACCGGGGCUGCCGCUCCUGCGGCUGCACGUCCAGGCCCCGCCGCUCAUCAGCGUGACGCAGGGAUCCGGCGCCGCCCAGGGACGAGCGUCGCCGCCGCGGCGAGGACGCCGAGCCUCGCGCGGCGGGGCUGUGCGCCGCAUCCGGGAGGGUGGUGUUGGCGGCCAUCGUCAUGUACGCUCUCUUGUAGCGCAUGCCGCCCGAGGGUAGGCAAGCCUGCAGGCUCACUGCUGGGGUGGCGCGGGCCGCGGCUCUCUUCAAUAACCAAGGCACCUUAUCCUUACAGGAACGGCGGGUGUAUGGUAAUGAAGUUCGCCGCCUGGUAUUACACUAAGUCCCACUCGAUGUUCUCAGAAUUCUUGCACUCAGUGGCAGACCUCGCGAACCAGAUUAUCAUUGCCAUCGGUGUGCACACCUCGACGAAGCGCCCUAGCGUGAUCCACCCCUACGGGUACACCAACAUGAAGUUCGUGAGCGCGCUCAUAUCCGGCGUGGGCAUAUUCUGCGUGGGCACGGGGGUCUCCUUGUAUCAUGGGGUCACCGGCCUCCUAGAGAAGUCUCCCCUCCCGGAUCUCACGAUGGCAUUCUUGGUGAUGGGGGUGUCCGGGCUGCUGGAGGUGUCUACGCUGGCCCUGGCCGUGCGCGCCCUCCGCCACGAGGCCUCCAAGAGGAACAUGGCCUUGUCCGCCUUCGUCAUGACCUCCCAGGACCCGGGCGUCAACGUGGUCCUGACCGAGGACCUCGCCGCCGUGGUGGGCGUGGUGCUGGCGUCCGCCUGCCUGCUGCUCUCGCACAAGACCACCUCGCACGUGCCGGACGCCGUGGGCUCGCUGCUCGUCGGCGUCGUCCUGGGGGCGGUGGCCGUCUUCAUCAUCACGACCAACGCGGGCAGGCUGGUGGGGAGGUCGAUACCCAACGACCUGCUCCAGCAGAUCAACGCGGAGCUCGAGAAUGACGUGAUGGUCCGCGCCAUCCACGACGUCAAGGGGAUCGACAUGGGCGACAACAUGGUGCGGUACAAGGCGGAGCUCGACUUCGACGGGAGGCAGCUCGCCAGGGCCUACCUGGACCAGGUCAACAUGAACAGCAUGCACGAGUCCUUGAAAAAUAUCCAAUCCAUGGAGGAGCUUGAAGAGUUCAUGCUUGACCACGGCGAGAAUCUUGUAGAUCUGCUUGGCAGCCAAAUAGACCGCAUCGAACGAAAGUUAAAGGCGGCGCACCCUUGUAUAAGACACGUCGAUCUGGAGAUUUUGUAAUCCAUAGAAAAUGUCAUUUGGAAAGCGGAAAAAAUAAACAUAAUUCACCCUGGAUUA